CUAGUCAGUAUCUCUCCUCCCGAACGCGCGCUGCCGCUGCGUUGCCAACUCAGCCCUUCAGCUGGUGGCUCCGGGGCCUUGCAUUCACCGAUAUCUGGGUUAUCGGUCACGAGUGUGGCCACGGCGCAUUCUCCGCGAGCCGCAGCAUCUCUGAACUCGUCGACUACUUCUACCACACCUUGCUUCUUACGCCACACUUCAGCUUGGCAAAAUCGGACACGAUGUAAGGCUCUUGGGGCAAACGCUUGCAGGGCAUCAUCGAUCUUUUGAGUAUGCGAGUGGCGCAGCAAGUGAGCAGGUGAAUAUACGUUUAGCAUCAAUCAGCUUCAACCGCUGCGCUUCGGAACUACUGGCGGCAAACGCCUAGUAGCUCGUCGGAGGUUGGUGAGUAGCAAGUGAGAAAGAUGACGUUGUGAAUUUGAUGAUCAAGUCAUCAAGCACGUGACUCAUCUUGUGUGACUCUUCACCACCUGCAACGCUACACUCCCAUGAACCACGGCGUACAGCGAGGCGGAGGCGGGCAGAGAGGGAAAAGGGGACUCGGGCGUUUGCCGCCGGGUCCCCGAGGAGGACGGCCGACGCGUUUGCCGCGCGGCCCUUCAAGUUCUGUCCCACUCAACCCGUCGGGACUCAGCCCAGACGAACUCAGUACGGCCGAACUCGGUGGUGGUGCACCGCACUACCUUGUCCCCCUCGCACAUCUGGCCGAUUUCGAGAGGAAAACGCUUACUGCUGCAUCUCAUUUCCACGGCGUCGUCCGCAACGAACUAGGUGUAUUCGUCGUCUUCAAUGCCGAUCGAAACGCUUUGCUUCGGAUCCCGCGCCCCGAAUCUAGGCAUCACUACCGUCCUGCGCUGCACGCAACCUCGUGGAUGAGCGUCCGACGGGUCUUCCUUGCCUGUGGCCCGCGAUAUCCCAUUUUCGACGGGGACCUCGUCGGUGUUCUGGACAUAUCCCUGCGUUCAUUACCUACGGUAAAAAAGCAGAUGGAGACUGGUCUCGGCUGGGCUAUGUCGUGGACCGUUGUGGAGCGGUGGGCGAAUCUGGAAGGAUUCUUGAAUCGCGUGGCAGUCACCCUUCGAUGGCGCGUUGGCCAAAUUUCCCCUGCUCCGAAUUGCGGAACGAUGCAAGCACGGCCUAUAACUUUUGGCUAUUCGGAUUCCUUCGCGACGGAAGAAGAGCUUGCCAAUGCUGUUGCUCGCUCUCGAGAUGCGUUUGUGCCACUACUAGGCGCGAUCGCUAUCUUUUUUUUGGCCCUUGACGGAUCCGUUGAACGAGCCAGUUGGCGCAGCACCGUUAUGGAAGCGCUUCACAUGCCGCACCGACUGAUGGAUUCGCUGGAGGCCGUCGUGGAACGUCUUCUCCGUAAUCCUGCGGGAAUGAUCCUGGAUUUUACACUGGAGAAUCCGCAUGAGCUUGACUGGCUCUUCUCUCUCCUUGUCAAUGACACCGUUUCUAUCCAUCUCCCCCUCUAUUUCUUCCUCGGCCAGGGGAAUGAAGCUGUGAAUCGAGCCACGCAUGUGGAAGCCUUCCCAUCCAUGCGGAAGAUUCAUCUAAGCGUUCAAGACACAAUCCGCGUGUUGAAUGAGCUCCCUCUGGUUGAAGUUGCCAGUAAGGAGUAUGUUUUUGUUCCAUGGAAUAUGCGGCAAUUCGGGACUAUUCCCAACCCCGAAUACUAUGAGACUCUGGAUUCCCCUCAGCGGCAGUUCCCGCCUGUUGACCCUCACAGUGGGCAGAAACCAGGGGAAGACUACAAGGACUUCUUUGCGCGUCGGACUGUUCGAAACAAGCGCCGGCUUGCGGCGGAAACGCCACAACAGCAGCAGUCGCGCUUGCAACGCGAAAGAGGCGCAUUGUCACACGCUGCACCAGGCAAAAAGGGUGCUCGAGUUUUCAUUUGGGAAGAAAAGGAGAAGUUUUGGAUUUGCCGACUCCUGCAGCGCAAUGAAGUCGAGGAUGAAUGGGAUGAUUUUGCACAGUCGCAGCGUAUAUAUGACUCGUUUAGCAAUGAGUGGGACCUCUGCUUGCCCCUGGACCCAACAGCUGUUGUCUCAUAUUCCGACGACGACGACGACGACGACGACUUCGGCUUUGGCUUCUAUAGAAACCCUCCUGCCGCCGCUCAUCCUACAGAGUUCCGCCAGGACUGUGAUCCCACGGAUGACUUUGAGGGCGAACUUCCUGCAGGGCUUUCCGUCGAAGUGCAGUCAGCGCUGUCUAACGCCAGCGCCAUCCUGGGGCAGGUUGAUAUGUACAACCGCGGCACAGACGAAGAACAGCCAUGGAAGACCACCCCGGUAUUUGUGGCUGAACACAAUCCUACCAGGGCCAUUCUCGAAUACCGCGUGGGCUUCAUAGGCGAUACCCCGGGCACUUUCCCGGAGAUGGAGAUGGCGCGGCUGCAAGUCAGCGCACACUUUGUUGGUGACGCUGGAUCUUCCACGGCAAUGCCCAUCAGCAAUUCAGUCCGGGCACUUCUCCAUGUGCUGAACAAGGCGAAGUGUGUCAAAGACAUGCCUUCUGGCCUCUUCGAUCUCAGCGACGAGAAUACCGCGAACGAAAUCUGGUCCAAGAGCGGUGUCAUCGUGGCUGUUACAGCUCCCAUGAGCGAGAAAGCCUAUCGUUCCACGGGCUAUCUGCUGCAGCCCCGUACUCAAGAGGGAGCUUUCGAUCGCCAAAUCCUUCUGUUUAGUGCCACCACAGUCUUACACAUCGUCCGCCUUCGGUGCAGCUCGUGGAAUGAGCUGAUAGGGCAUCUCUACCACCUCGGAGCUGAGUUCAUCAUCGGCAUUGAAGCUUCCAGCUUCUUGCCAUCUUCAUACCGACCAGAACUCUUUCGCUGUGGCAGCCUAGGAGUCCGUCCGGAAGGUUAUGUCCCGAGCAGGGGUGAUCUCAGCAAAUACUGGGAACUGCUCUCACGCUUUCUUCAUUCUCCCCGUGGCCGGCUUGCGCUUCAAGCGGGCGGUAUUGUGGCUCGUCUUGCACGCCUGAUCAUUGAUGACCCAGAGCUGGAUCUGAGAACGGAGUUUGUAGACGUCGAAAUAGCUGAAGAGUGUCUCAAGUUCAAUGACACAUCUUUCUAUUAUCAUGCGCUGACCAAGGAGGAGGAGGAUCUGGUCCUCGGUGUUUAUAGUAUCGAGAUGAACCAGCUGCAUUCUGGUGCUCGCAACGGACAUCAAGAGAAACGAGUGUCGUGGUGGCCACAAGCUGGAGCCUUCUUUUCUUCUGGUUUGAGUGUUGGUUGGUGGACGCCAGACUGCGAGCGGUGGUUCCAAGACAUCCUCCUCGAGAUGGAGCAAAACCGAGCUGUGCUUCUCAACAACACGCGUUGGAAAGACAGGAUUCGUGGCUACAGUGCAGCCUGGCGCCUAUCCAAAAACCUCGACGCGGUCCAUGCCGACUUCCUUGCUGACAUCGGGUGA